AUGGCUCAACACAGCUCACUAUGGUGGCCCGAGGACCGCAUCAAAGCAACCCUCGACACAAAGUAUGUCCUCAGUCGUCUGCGACCAGAGAAUAUCCCACGUCUCUUUGAAUUACCAGACUGGGGCGAAGGAUUGACCAGUGGAACCUAUAUGGAAUGGAUCCUCACUAAAGCCGCCCGUGUAUUUAUGAUCCUCGAUGCUAUCGGUAUCCCCGAUCGGAUCUUCGCGCUAGUCGAUGAAUCCUGCGACGACGAUGAUCUACCUGUCGCUCAACAUAGUGUGGAUUUACUCCACUUAUCCCCGGACGGGGAAGACCUCGCCCUCGAAGCGAGUUUCUUUCAUGCUCAAUGGCGCUUCCUCGUCCGUGGUAUUGCGGAGGGGGACCAUGUCGUCUAUACAGAGAAUGAGGGUGUCCCCGUCGAGGCGGUGCGCACAAACACCAGCGGAAUACACGGACGUGGUGAUACGGUCGACAGGGUUGUUCUCGCUGGCUCGGUCUGUCGAGUCUACAUGCGGACUCAAGUGCAAGUCGGUGGCGCGCCCUAUUUCUUCUCGGCGGAGGAGGUUCUCGCUGAGAUCCGAAACCUGAAAAGACUGUCCCAUGAGCAUAUUGUCUCUGUCUACGCCUCGUAUCUGAAAGACGAUAGUGUCUCCGUGUUGUUCACCGGCGCAACCGCAGAUCGAAACCUACACAGCUUCCUGACAGACGAACCGGUGUCCUUCAAACGGCUGGACAAAGAGCAACGUCGUCAGAUCUUGAUCACUUGGCCGCACUGUCUUGCAUCAGCAGUCUGCUGGCUGCAUGCACGAGGCCACUCCCACGGCGCAAUCCGUCCUUCCAACAUCUUCAUCGAUGAAAACUUCCACAUCUGCCUCGGUCAGUUCCAAGCACUCGACUCCCUCCUAACUCCACCACAUGUCAACGACCUCGAGGCAUACAAUUACUCUGCACCAGAGCGCUGGACUCGUCCCUCGGCUCCAGUCAUCCAAAAGCAACCACAGCCCACGCAAACACUCCAGCCCUCAGGAGGACGUACAAAGCGCAGACAAAGACCAACUCGUCUAGCCCUCUCCCCCUUGAACGAGAACCAACCUCCAUCUGCAGACACAAGACCAAACUCGGCAUCCUCAAAACGAACAGUCAUCCACAUCGGCCUACCAAACUCCCCAUCCCACUUCUCCCUCUCCUUCUCAUCCUCCUCUUCAUCCUCGGGGGCCUCCUCAACGGCCUCCUCGAUCUACACAGACGCAACAGCAACAUCCCCCCAGCCAAAAAAGCACCGCCUAACAUCCUUCUGGCCCCUAAGAAAAAACCCACGGCCUCAAUCAAUAAUCUCAACCUCCACAUCCUCUUCAGCAUCAACAGCACAAUCAUCCUCAAACCAACAAACCCCUUCCCUCUGCCCACCACAAAUCUCCCUCCGCCACUCAAAAUCAACCCAAUCCCUAACCCCAUCCUUCACAACAAUCAUCCCCUCCCAUCCUCCCUCUAAAUCCAACCCCACAUCCCCAAAUGCCCCAGCAGACAUAUUCUCCCUCGCAGCAACAACCCUCGACAUCCUAACAACCCUCCACAAAAGAACCCUCCCCUCCUUCGCCGCCCACCGCAGCGCCCGAAACAGAUCUGCCGGUCGCGGCGGCGGAAUAGCAGAUGCAUCCUUUCACCUCGCGCGGAAUGUCGUUCAGGUUCAAUCGUGGAUUGCAUUGUUAGAGGGCGAUGCGUUGAAACGGUGUCGACGGGAACGACGAUCUGAUAUGGUUUUCUGGGCAGUGCCGAGGAUGCUGAUUGUCAUUCGGGCUAUGCUUGAGGUUGAGGCGGGGAAGAGACCGCUUGCUAGGAGGGGGAAAGGGAAGGAGAGAGGGAAGGAUGGGGAUGGGGAUGGAGAUGGGAAUGGGAACGGAGAUGGGAAUGGGAAUCAUGGGUUGGAAAUUAUUCGGGAGACGCGGCUUGGGGGGAGUGUUGGGUCUGCGGUUCCCGGGGCUUCUGAGUCCGGGUCUGUUUCGGAAUCUGUUUCGGAGUUUGAUUUUGGGUUUGGGGAUGGUGGGAGUGAAAGUGAGAGUAACGUUGAGGAUGGACAUUUGUUUGAUCUUGAUGCUGAGGAAGGGGAUGUGUCGGAGUUUGAAGAGCAUGACAUACGUGUGGACCAGGCCUUGCCUCAGCUGUAUCUACCGGAGUUGGAUAUGAACAUUACUGGGGUAGAAGGAUUGACGUUGAAAUAA